AGGCCAAUCGGGUCUUUGCUAGCUCCCUACGGAGCGGCUCUUGUGCAUUGGAAUGUCGGAGGCGGGUUUUUCCCGCCUGAGUUGCGUCUCUCUGAGCCUAUGAGCCCUGAGCGCGCGUUAGGCCGGCCUUCUCCAACAGGCAGAGUCUGGAGUCCAAUGGAGAGCGCGGGAGUCUGCAGGUUUAAUCCAUGGACCAACCCUGCAGCCGGAACCUGGUGGCCUUAGUCCUUCAGGUGAAUCAACGUGCGACAUGGGAAAGAAAACCAAGAGGACAGCUGACAGUUCUUCCUCAGAGGAUGAGGAGGAGUACGUCGUGGAGAAGGUGUUAGACAGGCGCAUGGUUAAGGGGCAAGUGGAGUACCUGUUGAAGUGGAAAGGCUUUUCCGAGGAGCACAAUACUUGGGAACCUGAGAAGAAUUUGGAUUGUCCUGAACUAAUUUCUGAGUUUAUGAAAAAGUAUAAGAAGAUGAAGGAGGGUGAAAACAACAAACCCAGAGAGAAGUCAGAAGGAAACAAAAGGAAAUCCAGUUUCUCUAACAGUGCUGAUGAUAUAAAAUCUAAAAAAAAGAGAGAGCAGGGCAAUGAUAUCGCUCGGGGCUUUGAGAGAGGACUGGAACCAGAAAAGAUCAUUGGGGCAACAGACUCCUGCGGUGACUUAAUGUUCUUAAUGAAAUGGAAAGACACAGACGAAGCUGACCUGGUUCUUGCAAAAGAAGCUAAUGUGAAAUGUCCACAAAUUGUGAUAGCAUUUUAUGAAGAGAGACUGACGUGGCAUGCAUAUCCAGAAGAUGCAGAAAACAAAGAGAAAGAAAGCUCGAAGAGCUAAAGGAGGGUGGUCUCUGCCGUUUCUCUUUGUAUAUACCACGUUCACCUUCCUGCCUCCUCUCCCUUCUCCUUCCCUUUCCAUCCUAAACACAUCCAUAAAAGUAUGUGCUCACCACUGUGCUUCA